GAUCCACACUACACCAGCUUUGACAAACGCAAAUAUGACUUCAUGGGCAACUGCAGCUAUCUGAUGUCUAGUCCAUGCAAUGACACAACUGUGCCCUACUUUGAGGUCCAUACUGACAAUGAAAACCGGUAUAACAGGCCGACUAUCUCCUAUGUGAAUGCAGUACAUGUAUACGCACAGAUGAUAAAGAUCUCCAUUCUCAAAGGUGGCACUGUGCAGGUUAAUGGGACCAAUGUCAAUCUGCCACUGUCCCCGGCCCCUGGUAUUUCUGUGUUCAAGUCAGGAAAACACUACACUGUCUCCAUGAACUUUGGUGUGACG